AUGAUCCGACCUUUUCUGAGCGAAGUGAAGACCGAAGGUGGUGUCAGCAGCUACGAGAUACGCGACUUGACGCCUGGCGCCACCUACGAUCUCGAACUGUACGCCACCAACUCGAUAAAGCAGAAUACAACCAAAGAGUUCAUCUUCCAGACGCCUCUUGAUCCAGCCCAGAUGGGUCGCAUAGUUGCCGAGGCCAAGGCCCAUUUUCCUGCUCCUCCUCGCAGCAUCUCUGCCCUCUUAUCUCGCGCCAACCCUUCCCUUUCUGUAGCGCCAUCAACAAUCUGUCAUCAUGACAUCGCCUCCUUUCUCCAACGCAUUCCCGACUGCCUCUUUUCUGUCCAAGUCGCCUCCGUUCCUCCGGCCGGAUUCUUCUCCUGUUCGCCACCAUUCGACAUGUCGCUUCGUCCAACCUCAGACCAGACGAACGUAUUGGCCACCGCUGUGGGCACUUACCCACCACUUGGUCCCGAUAUAGUGGGCCGAUCACACCUGUCCUUUUCCCCACAACCCUUUGUGGCUUCUGAGACAGUCUAUCCGCCGACCUCUUCAUCUACACUAAGCUGUUUGGACACAUUAUCGGCUCACCCUUUGUUCCACUUCUGUCAGCUGGUUAUGCAGAGAAGAAAGGGUGUGAAUUACAGCACAACAAGAGUUGUAUUUUCGUUCGGACGCUUAAAAAGGACCAUCUUGAGAACACAUGAAACUGCAUUUAUUUUUCCUCCAGUAUUUAUUUUAUAUACACAUAUACACGUAUAUUUUAUAUACCCCUAUUCAAUGCUAGUGUGA